UUCGUUUGUUUGUUUUUUUCUAGAGGAAAUUUGACAUUUUCAGAGGGAACCAAGUUUUGAGCUGUUUCUUUCUUGAGAAAAAAAGGGGGGUGGGGUGUAGAAAUGAGAAGCGUAAAUGGAGAAUCUAGAGUUCUGAAUAACACGUUGGAGACCAUACAUGCUGCCGCUAACGCGAUCGUUUCUGCCGAGAAUCGUGUUCCACAAGCUACGGUUCAGAAGAGAAGAUGGGGUGGCUGGUGGAGUAUAUAUUGGUGUUUUGGAUCUUACAAACAGAAAAAGCGAAUUGGGCCUGCUGUUCUUGUUCCUGAAACAAGUGCUUCUGGCGGUAAUGUGCCUGCUGCUGAAAAUCAAAAUCCGACCCAAGCACCAACCAUUACACUUCCCUUUGUUGCACCACCCUCUUCUCCUGCAUCUUUCCUUCCAUCUGAACCCCCCUCUGCUGCACGGUCUCCAGUUGGUUUAGUGUCUCUCACCUCUAUUUCCGUCAGCAUGUACUCUCCAGGUCCUUCUUCUAUUUUUGCGGUUGGUCCUUAUGCUCAUGAAACUCAGUUAGUCUCGCCACCUGUUUUCUCGGCCUUCCCCACCGAACCUUCAACUGCUCCAUUUACUCCUCCUGCUGAGUCAAUGCACUUGACUACACAAUCCUCGCCUGAGGUGCCAUUUGCCCGGUUCCUCGGCCCCAACCUCCACUAUGGAGAGGCUGGACAGAGAUUCCCAAUAUCCCACUAUGAAUUUCAGUCUUAUCACCUUCAUCCCGGGAGCCCUGUUGGCCAACUGAUCUCCCCAAGCUCAGGAAUCUCUGGUUCUGGCACCUCAUCUCCUUUCCCCGAUGGUGAUUUUGCUGCUGGUCUACGCUUUCCUGAGUUCCAAAUGGGUGACCCUCCCAAGCUCUUUAACCUUGAUACGCUUUCCAACCGUGAAUGGGCAUUACAUCAUGGUUCUGGCACUUUAACCCCAGAUGGUACAACAUCCACAAUACGCAGUGGUUUUCUACUGGAUCAUCAGAUCUCUGAGAUUGUUUCACAUCCACGUUUGGAUAGAGAAAACCAAACCAAUCAGGUUCCAGCAUAUAGAGAAGGCAAACCGCAAUACCAUAAGAACAGAUCCAUCACUCUUGGGUCAGCUAAAGAAUUCAAUUUUGACAACGUUGAUGGAUGUGUGGAAGUUGAGACAGCAACCCUAUCCAAAGCUGUGGCAGAAUCUCUGCGGAAUGCAACUGUAAAACAGAAAGGAGAAAACGCUACCAAGUUGGUGGAAACUUAUGAAGGUCGUAUUGGUGAAACAUACAUCGAAAGAGCAGAAAAAGCUCCAGCUGAUACAGAAGGCAGACCAUGGCACCAUAAGAACCGAUCCAUCACUCUCGGGUCAUCUAAAGAUUUCAAUUUUGAUUAUGUUGAUGGAUGUGUGGAAACCGAGACAGCGAUACUGUCUGAAGCUGCAGCAGAAUCUCUACUGAAUAAAGCAGAAAGACAGCAAGAAGAAAAUGCUACUAAGAUGGUAGAAAUGUGCAUUGAAAGACCAGAAAUACCUCAAGCUGAUACGGAAGGCAGACCACAGCACCAUAAGAGUCGAUCCAUCACUCUCGGAUCAUCUAAAGAUUUCAAGUUUGACAAUGUUGAUGUAUGCGUGGAAAUCGAGACAGCGACGCCGUCUGAAGCUGCAGCAGAAGCUCUAUGGAAUGAAGCAGCAAGGCAGAAAGAAGAAAACGCUACCAAGCUGGUGGAAACUUACGAAUGUAGUGUUGGUGAAACAUACAUCGAAACACCAGAAAGACCUCCAGCUGAUACAGAAGGCGGGCCACGGCACCACAAGAACCGAACCAUCACUCUGGGUCAUCUAAAAAUUUCAAUUUCGACAAUGUCGACGGAUGCGAUACCCAUAACAAGCCCAUCAUUAGUUCCGAUUGGUGGGCAAAUGAGAAGGUAG